AUGUCUUCUUGGUUCUUGAAUUGGUUGGCUGAGCCUUUCUAUCGUCUCUCAAAGGCAAAUAUAUUCUCAUCGGAAGAUGUUUGUUUCUGGUUUUACGUCUUUCUUGGUGCAGUCGAGGUGAUUCUCUUGUAUCGCUUCUUUCGAAUUCGAGUGCUGCUAAAGGAAAACGUUUUUCAGGCUUAUCUCCUAGUCCUAUCGCUUUACUUGGUGAUCAAUGUAAGCAUUUAUGGGCUCUAUUUGAGUGUCGCUUUUCUGAACACAAUCGAUGUGGACGAGUACGUGUUUUUGCGGCCACUCGUCGGCAAAAUGGAAGAGUACACGGCCGCGGUGGAGUUUCUCUUGUACGCUUCGUUUAAAAUCGAUCGUCUUUGCUUCAUGGGAACUACAGCCAUGUUUCUCCUGCUUUCCAUGUGUACCUAUUUGGCAAACAAGAGUGUCUACAUUCUUCUCACGCUACCCUCUAUCCUCAACUUUAUUCUCAUUCUCACCGUUCAAAUCGCAGACACCAUUCAGGCGUCCGAUUUUUUCUACAACACUCCGCUAAUUCUCUAUUCUCUCGCCGUGCUAGGGCUUUUGUUUUUGAACAUGUGCCUAGAGACGUUACCGUUAACGCCAGUGAAACGCAUUCAUACUGGUCGACGGCUUUUCAUUUUCGUCGUCCCAUUGCUACUCGUCCAUUUCAAACUAAUCGAAGUGGCCUGGAGUGCGUGUAAGCGCUGGUUUUUCCACGAUUUUCCCGAAUACAGCGAAUUCGUAGACGCUGAGUGGAGGGGUAACUACGAUUCAAUCUAUGAAAAGAAAGGAAAGUUAUAUCUCGAGUACGAAUCCCCGGCUAGACAACAAAGCAUUUUUUGCUUCCACGUGCUUCCUUUACUGACUUUAUUGUGGAUAUUUGUGAUUUUGCCCGAAUACAGAGCUGGCCUUGUUGAUCGCCGUGGUGUCAAAGUGACGCCCGAGGCCGACAACGAAGAAGAGAACAACAAUCAAUCACUUGCC